AUGGAAACGGAAAGGCUAAUAAGAGGAAAACCCGAGGGUAAGAUCACAGGACCUCUGUUUCCUAGGAUUCAUGUAGAUGAUACCAAAAGAUUAGGGCCGAGGGCACCUCCUAGAAACAAAAUGGCUCUUUACGAACAACUAUCGAUUCCUUCUCAAAGGUUUAGCAAUACACCAGCAUCGACGACAUUACCUCCUCCGCCUGUUCAUGGCCGGAUGCUAGCGAAUAUGUUGUCUUCAAGCCAAGUUAUUGGUGCCGAAAGAGAAUUGUUUUCUGUAGGAAAAAAAUCUCAUGCCGCAAAUCACUCAAUUGGAAAGCAAAAUUCACGUCCUUAUGAAAGAAUUUCAGGCAAUACAAAUGGAAAUCCCCUUAAGAGAUCAAUGGUUGAAGAUUGUCAAUUGUCGAAAGUACCCAUUACGUUUCUUGAGCCAAACAACCCUUCACAAUCGAAAUGGCCUUGUGUACAUAAUGUUGAGUCUAAUCUUAGAUUACCAUCCAUUGUCCAUCCACAAUUGAGUUUAAGUUCCAGUAAAACUCAAUCUGGUUCAAAGGACAAAAAUUUGGUUGAUGUGAGCUGUUCCUUAGAGCUACAAACAACUAGUGCAAAGAAGGUAAAUACAUAUUCAAAUAAAGAUGACUUGAAGGUGGUUGAGGUAGGACACAAAAACAGUAAGACACUACUUAGUUUCCCUCAAGGCAACGAUGAGCAUGAUGGAAAAUUAGAUCAUCAAAUUUCACAAAUUAGUGAUCAUACACUAUUACCAAAAAUUUCUUUAAUGCCUUUGAUCAAAGAAGAAAAAAUUGAGCCAUCAGAUCAUAAGUCUGCUGUCUCAAAUUUUCCAAACAAAGAUAGUGAGUUAGAUCAAAUCGACAUCAACAAAGAUCGAGAUCAUGUGGGUAUGAUAUCCAAUGAAGUAGAUAAAGUGUACAUGGGUGUAACUAUUGAAGAGCCACGAACCACAAUAGCUAACAAUACUUCAAUAUUAAGAAGUGAAUCAUGUAAUGAAUCUCCCUUUACAGAUGCUCAUCGUCAAACUCUUAGUGUUGGAGAUGGUAAUAAAUGCGAAGAAAAGCAAAAUAGGACUGGUAUGGUCGAUUUUGAACAUGGUGAUUAUUCACACACUUCAUUAAAGGAAUGUGCGUCGCAUGGAGUCAUAUCCCCGAAUCUUGUUGUAGAGAUGAUAGGUCAAAAUCAUUUUUGGAAAGCAAGGAAAGAAAUUAUUGAUCAACAAAGAAUUUUCUCCAAGCAAGUUUUCGAAUUGCAUAGGAUUGUAAAGGUGCAAAAGAUGUUGGCUAGUUGCGGAAAUUUGCAGAAGAAAGAGCCCUUAUCCUUGGGUAAUUCACUUGUUGAACCUACUAUGAAGAAAUUAUUACCCAAAUCUAUUCAAGAGGCACCAUCAUGGCAUGAAAAAUCGAAAAAUGAAGUAUCGAAGAUCAAAGGUGUUGUCGACAAUGCAAUCGAAAAUCUACCCCUUCCUUCCCUAAGCUCCGACAUAACAAGCUUGGCUACAAAUUUUGGUAAACAGACAAAUACUAAUUUGUCUAUGUGGUGUCUUCCGCCGCCUGGAAACCAAUGGUUGCUUCCAGUGAUAUCUCCUUCGGAAGGGCUCGUGUACAAGCCCUACCUGAAUCCUCCUCCUCCUCCCGGAGGUUUCUUUCCUACUCUUUCCAACGAUCUUAGGCCUACAAACCCUACUACCACCUUAGGGAACGAGGAAUAUCUUAACUCGCAAAUUGGAGUUCACGGUGUUGCUCCUAGUCCUAUGGAUCCCUCAUACUUUGCACCUUAUGGUAUGUCUAUUAUUAGUCCACUCGCUUCCACAUCAACAUUUAAGCAUAUGAGCUUCUACGAUGUAAACUCGAGCUCAUUUAUAAGUAAUGGUCCUAGAAAUUUGGGUGAAGUGAAUGAGAGUGAAAAGCUCGAAAGUUUAGAAAGUAGUCCUAAUAAGAAGAUCAAAACUUCUAAUGGUGCACUUCCUUUAUUUCCUACUACACCUACAACAGUAGAUAAUGGACAACCUAUAAAGAAUUGUAGCAAUGAGCGGAAGACAAAGGUGAUUAAGGUUAUACCGCGUAAUAAUCCUAAAUUAGCAAGUGAAUCACUUGCUAAUAUAAUCAAAUUAAUACUAGAAGAACGUAAAGCAUUAGUGUGA